AGAGGACCUGUGCCGAUUUGGUUUUUUGAAAAAAAAAGUAUUGUGGGAUUUCCCUGGGAAGGUAAAGAAAUGGAGUCAUUUCCCGUAGUGAAUGACAGUGACUUUUCUGUUCAUCAUAAAUCCUGUAUCCUGUGGGACCACUGUAUGGAACAUCCAGUCAUGGAUAAAAAUGAGCUGGUGCAGAAGGCCAAACUGGCCGAGCAGGCUGAGCGGUAUGACGACAUGGCGGCCUGCAUGAAGUCUGUAACUGAGCAAGGAGCUGAAUUAUCCAAUGAGGAGAGGAAUCUUCUCUCAGUUGCUUAUAAAAAUGUUGUAGGAGCCCGUAGGUCAUCUUGGAGGGUCGUCUCAAGUAUUGAGCAAAAGACGGAAGGUGCUGAGAAAAAACAGCAGAUGGCUCGAGAAUACAGAGAGAAAAUUGAGACCGAGCUAAGAGAUAUCUGCAAUGAUGUACUGGUGAGAAUCAAACCAUUCAGUUUAGCGUCGCUAUGAUAUAGAGUUCCUGUAAUGCAUAUCAUUUAGGUUACUCUCAACUUUUUCUUUCUUUGGUUUUUCUUUUCCUUUUAAUAAUGGG